AUGUCAAUUAAUGUUAUGAAGCAUUUUACUUUACUUUUAAUCGUAGCGUUGGUUUUGUUAACAUCUACAUCUACAUCUACAACUGAAAGUCAAACAAAUGUUACAUAUACAACUGAAAUUCAAACAAAUAUUACAUCUACAACUGAAAGUACUACAAAUAUUUCAUCUAUAACUGAAAGUCAAACAAAUAUUGCAUAUUCUAUUACCACUACAACUUCUAUUACACCACCUCCAACUGAUACUCAAUCAAAUAUUCCAGUACAAACAACAACCACUUCUAGCUUUAAUAAUUCUGUCUUGUCAUAUAGUGCAUACUCAACCGCCGAUUUAUACACUACAUCCACAAUAACUUAUCCAGGUUAUACUACAACUUAUUACGAAACUGAAGUUUAUAUUCCUCAAAAUUGCCUUUAUGUUUUGGAUUUGUUACUAUUUGAUUUUGCAUUAGAGGGUCUCAGUUUCUAA